CACAGCACAGUCCAUCAUGACCAUCACCGAGGAGCUCUCCUCCUGGCUCGCUCCGUCCACCGUAGAGGUGUCCACCCCGCCGCGGCUCGGCCACCCCGCCCCCUCAUCGCCCGAGCUCCCCCUGCCCAACCCCAACCGCCAACCCACGAUCAUCCUCUUUCUCCGCCACUGCGGAUGUCCAGUGGCGGAAUCCGAUUUCCGCACCCUCCGCCUAGCAGCCGCCCAGCACCCGCAGCUCGACUUCGUCGCGGUCUCGCAUAGCGAUGCACCCUCCACGGCGCGGUGGCUGGAGGCGGUGGGUGGGGCGGUAGCGCCUGGGUCGGGGUCUCGAUCGACUCCGGUGCGGGUGAUCGUCGAUGUCGAGCGGCGACUGUAUGCGCGCUGGGGCUCGGGGGUGGCCUCCUGGAGUCACGUGAUGAGCCCGAGCGCGCUGAUGAAUAUCGUCAAGUUGGGCCGCGAGAAGGGGAUCUGGAACCGGCCGACGGAGAGCGGCAGUCGGUGGCAGGCGGGGGGGUUCUGGGCCGUGGAUGGCGAGGGGAUCGUGCGCUGGGGCCGGCCGGCCAGGCGGGCGGAUGAUUUCAUGGAUGUUGAGGCGGCGAUCCAGGCUGUUCGCUAAGUCGAUGGUUCGAUCGGGUGUUGGGUUGGUGUGGACAUAUUAAGUCUAGUCGUCUAGUUGAUUGGUUCGUACGUGGAAUGGAGUUGCGUGAC